UGUCCGCGACUGCCCAGGCAACAUGUUUCGGUAUCAUAAGACGUGUACACCAUCAUGCCCAAAACAAGCGCCUUUCGAAUUCGAGGCUUUAAAUACAAAAUUUUGCUUGGAUUCCUGCCCGGAUUUUACUUUCGUUGAUCGGCAUUUGUGUAAGCUACAGUGUCCGGAGGGAUUUGACUUUCUUUGGAACAGAACGUGUGUUAGAACGUGUCCAGACUCGGCCCCAAUUAUCUAUGUAUUGAACAAAAGAGUCCAACAAUUUAAAAUUCCGAUUUGUAUUACAAACUGCCCCGAUGACAUGUUUUCCGAUGGUAUUUCGUGUGUAAAAACCUGCGAGAAGCAUAUGUAUGUGUUUAAUUCAACCUGUGUUGACCGCUGUCCUACCAGCCACAGACUGUUAGAGGGCAGUACAUCACCAUAUUCCUGUGUCUCACAAUGCCGAAUUGAGGAAAAUUUGAACGACAAUCGUUGUACUGCGGAGUGUCCGGGCGACAAAUUAGUUUUUAACAGAACGUGCGUCUCUGAAUGUCCCAAAUCUAGUCCGUUGGUAGUAAAUCAAGAAUGUCUCUCUCAAUGUCCCAUACAUUUAUUGAAUGAAUCUGGGACAUGUGUUUCACGCUGCAGUAAGGGACAUUACAUUUUCAAUACGUAUUGUGUAAAGAGAUGCCCAGAAACACACAAAUUUAUGGCUCACGGGAAAUGCAAUACUAAUUGUUCGAUUAAUAAUUUACUGAUUUGGAAUAAUUCAUGUUUCUCUUCCUGUCCUAAACAGGCCUUAUGCCCUGACAGCAGCAAAAGUCCGGCGGGGAGGUUUUUAUAUAACAUGACAUGUGUAAAAAGGUGUCCCAAUGCAACUGUUUUAUAUGGAUCAGAUUGCAUCGAAAAAUGUCCCUUAGAUAAAUCAUUGAUAUAUAAAAAGGAGGACGACAACGGGAAUUAUAUAAUCGUGUGUGUAGAUAAGUGCCCAGGGACAACCUUCACAAGAGGGAAUAAUUGUUAUGACCAGUGUCCAGAAUCCUUAGCUUCUUAUUGGCCGAACCGCACGUGUUUAGAGCAAUGUCCUAAACAUAGAAGAUUUCGUUAUCGAUUUAGAACGAACGGUAAUAAUUUUGCUUACAAAUGUAAGUCAUCAUGUGACAGAAAUAUUUUCGAUAGCACUAGUUGUGUGGAUGUUUGUCCCCCUGAAACCCCCUUUGUAUUAGGACAAACUUGUGUUCCGAAAUGUCCAGCAACACACGUGUUUCACGAACAACAGAAUUACCGAUGCUUGGCAGCAUGCAAACCCCCUCUGAAAAACAAUGUUGAACAAGCAGAUACAGAUGACGGAUGUCUUACUUUGGAGAUAGACGCUACGGACGAUGCAGUAGGGCACGAAUGCGAUGCUUCGACUUUAGAAAUGUAUAACAAUUCUCCAGGGUACCGACAAAAUACUCCGACAAUACAAACAAUGGACGAUUCGUCAAUUUACAAACAUGAUACACAGCCAAUAGAGCAUACGCACGAUUCGUCAAGGAAUAUACACGAUACAUCGAGAAGAUUUGCUAUGGAUCAUUCUUUAAUGUGCAAACACGAUACACAGCCUAAAGAGAUUGCGGACGAUUCGUCAAUGUACAAACACUAUACACAGCCUAAAGAGAUUGUGGACGAUUCAUCAAUGUACAAACACGAUACACAGCCUAAAGAGAUUGUGGACGAUUCGUCAAUGUACAAACACGAUACACCGCAAAUAGAGAUUGUGGACGAUUCGUCAAGUUACAAACACGAUACACAGCCUAAAGAGAUUGUGAACGAUUCGUCAGUGUACAAACACUUUACAAAAACAACAGAUACUGUGAGCGAUUUGUCAAGGUACGAACACAAUACACAGUCAAAAAGUGCUGAGUACGAUUCGUCAAGGUACACACACGAUACACCGCCAAUGGAUCUUGUGGACGAUUCGUGUAGGUACAAACACGAUACACCGCAAAUAGCGAUUGUGGACGAUUCGUCAAGUUACAAACAUGAUAUACAGCCACAACCUGCUGAGAACGAUUCAUCAAAGUAUAGCAAGACACACAGCCAUUAGAACAUAUGAACGAUUGGUCAAAGAACAUACACGAUACAACUCCAAAAUGUGCUGUGGACGAUUCGUCAAGGUACAAACACGAUACACCGUCAACAGAGAUUGUGGUUGAUUCGUCCAAGUAAAAAGCACGAUACAUCGCAAAUAGAUACUGGCGACUAAU